UGGAUAGACUUCUCCAAAAUGUGCAGUUCAAACCAAGAAUAUUACUUGAAGCUGGAAGAACUGAAGAAUGCCCACAUGGAGACCAUGGCAAAAUUAGAAAGUAUGUGUAAGAGUAGGCUACACUUAAAAGGAGUACAAUCCUUGGGCAAAACAGAUGCUUCUAAUAUAUGUUAUAGGUCAACUUGGAAGAAGAGCUUGUAUCAGCCUCUAAUUUUGCACAGAUCCUUUUCUGAAUCUGACUUAAAUGAUCCCAUAAGUUCAAAUAUAUCUGGUGAGUUUGACAGAGAAUUAAUGUUUGAAGAAAAUGGUAGUGAAACUGAAACAUCAGCGUUUGCCAAGCAACAGAUUGAAAAUAUGUGGGAUGGGUUUUCUGUGGAAGACUAUGUCCCCCACACCAAGCAUAGCCUACCAAGCUCACCAGUGCUGAGAGUGUUGAGGAAGAAGCAGAAGACAUGGUCCCCAAAAGUCACCGUGCCCAAGCCUUUCCAAAUGACUAUUAGGGAAGCGAGGAAGAAAGAACAGAAUGUCAAAUCAAAGUCACAGCUUGAAAUGGAAAAUAACUUACUGAAGAAGCGACUCGAGGAAGAAGCAGAAUGUCAGAAAAAGUUCCGAGCCAACCCAGUGCCAGCAUCCGUUUUCCUUCCGCUCUACCGUGAAAUUGUGGAGCAAAAUGAAGAACGCAGGAAAUCUGUGAAAGAGAGAAGCAAGCUUAUGCUUUUGGCUUCUCAGAAGCCAUUUAAGUUCAUUGAAAGAGAGAAGCAAAAGGAUGAAAUUAAAAAAAUGCAAUUGAAAGACCUUUUUGUGCCUGAAAAGAAAACAAAACUCUUCAGGGCAAAACCAGUUCCUAAGUGUGUUUACAGUCCAGCUGUUAAUGAGAAGUUAAAGGAAGAAGAGCUUUACAGGGAAAUAAGGAUCAAAAUGAGAGCUGAGGAGCUGCUACGUAAUUCAUCUCUGCCCAGCAGCAGGCUGGCUAUUAAAGACGUUGGUAAAAAGAAGAAACACAAAUGCCAUGAACCAAAGGAAACCGAACACAAACCCAGGAUCAAGUCACACGUUCCCGAUUUUGAAAUACUACACCAACAGUUUCAGAAACGGCUCCUGCAACAAAAACAAGUAAAACACAUCACAGUCUGUGAACCUUUCGAUCUUCGAACUCCAUAUAUUCCCUCCAACAAAGGGAAGAUUUUGAGGGAUAUUCAAGAGGAUGAAGAAAAAUUGAAAGAAACUCGCUGGCCAUAUGCCUCUCCAAGACGUAAGCCUUCAAGAGCAAAUUCACUUCGCUCAAGAUUUGGAGAAUCCAAAUCACCCAAAAUCACAGAAUCCACAAAAAGACGGCUACAAGCCAUAAGGAAUUCACUUCAGGAAAAGAGAAAACUGGAAGAAGAACAAAAACGGAACAGAACAAAGCAGAAACAAAGAGCGAGAAAACUGCAGAAAAUUAUAACAACCCGGGCUGAGGCCAAUGACCCACAUCAGAGUCUAGCUCAGAUGUCUAAAUCCAAAUUAAAAACAUUCAGGAAUUAUGAGAAGCAGAGAAUGCAAGAGUAUUUGCAAGAAUUGCAAGAAAUGGAAGAACGAGUAGAGCAAAGGCCAUUGCUUUUGGAAAGAGCCACUCAGAUAAAUGCAAGAAUAGCUGCAGAGAAGCAUUAUGCUAACACCCUGAGAGAACUCGGAAUAUGCACAGAGUUUGUUUCAAGGAAAGGACAAGCAUCAAGUUUGAUAGAACACCCCAAUCCUGGAGAUUUUAAAAUCUUGACUAGUUUUAAAAAAAGAAUCACCAAAGAUUUGGCCAGAGAAAGCAAAUCCCCUGAGGAAGCAGCAGCCAGCAGUCCCCAGUCUGAGCAGUCCUGCACCGAGGAGGAGGAAGGGAAGAGAAAAGCGGUCAGAGCCUCCACCCAGGAUGACCACUGCAGUGAGGAGGAGGAGGAGGACGAGGAGGAGGAGGAGCAUGGGGAAAGAUCCAGCUCUCAGUCUGACCAUCCUGGUGAACAGGAAGAGGGUCAGUCUGAUCCUGAGGCUCAGGAUGCCUUCAGGUAUGAUGAUGAUGAGUAUGAAAAUGAUGAUUCAGAAGAGAAAGCCAGUGAUGAUGAAGGUGACUGAAAGGAAGAUAGGAAGGCUGAGGCUCAAACACACAUUUCAUUGCUGGCAGUGAAAUAGAUAGCAAAGGAAAACA